AUGUUACGAGCCAAGGUUCUUAUGCAGAAACGCUCCACGCUAAAGGGACAACUCACGGCGCUCGAGACGUUGACGGCAGAAGAAUCGUUUGAUACGGUGAAGGCUCGGCUGAGAUUCGAUCGCGUGAAGGAGUUAUUUAACGCGUACGAGGAGCUGAAUGACGAGCUCGAGGUGAUCGACCCCAAUGAUGCGCACGUGACCGAGAUGACGAACAUCUCUGAUCGAAAUAUCGUUUGGCAUUUUAAUCCCCCACUGUCACCGCACCAUGGUGGAUUAUGGGAAUCAGCCGUCAAGUCGUUUAAGCAUCAUUUUAAUCGGAUAAUCGGCCAACAAUUACUUACUUUCGAAGUACUCAACACCCUUGCGAUAGAAAUCGAAGCAAUCUUGAACUCGAGACCACUUUAUAGUUUAUCUAACGAUCCUAAUGAUUUAACAGCUACUAUGCUGGCGCAUUUAUUAAUUGGACGACCUUUGAAUUUUUGCCAGAAGGUGAUCUGUCUUCUGUUCCAGGUAACCGGCUGUCAGUUUGGCGCUUUAUCACCCAGGCACGGUAGGACUUUUGGAAACGGUGAAAAUACGAUCGUUUUACUCAUCGACCAAAAUCAACCGUGCAUGCGCUGGUGGUUGGGAGUUGUCGUCGAGAUCCACCCAGGCGCCGAUGGCAUCACUCGAGUAGUCACCGUCAAAACAGCUCAAGGGAGAUUCAAGCGCAACGUCACGCAGUUAUGCCCACUACCAAUUUCUACACAAAAAACGUGA